AUGCGGCCCACGCUGGAUAGGAUCGGAAGGCUUCUGGUGCAGUUUUUGAGGUUUGGCCUCGUUCCUCUCUUCCUGGGCUGCGGCCUUGAGCAAGGAGGUGGACGACUGGGCAGUGCCUUGCUGGAAUUGAUCUUGCUGGAGGAAGUCCUUCCAGAUGCGCCUCUAGCACUGCCGGAGCAACAGGUGCUUCCAUUGAUCACUCGUGGGAGACAAAUUGUCGAUCGCCAGGGCAAACCUGUACAACUCCGGUGUGUCAACUGGUAUGGAGCGCAUAUGCAGGAUAUGGUGGUAGGUGGCCUACACAAACAACCACUUGACUCUUUGGUGCGUUCGAUUCAUACAUUGGGCUUCAAUUGUGUCCGCCUUCCUUAUUCGCUGGAGAUGCAUUUGGACCGAGGGAUUAGCAGGCCUUCCUCCGAUGCUGUGAAAGCAAACCCUCACUUUGUGAACAUGACAGUGUCCAGUAUCUUUGAUGCAACCAUCAAAGCCUUGGCAGCUGCUCAUAUCAUGGUGAUUCUCAACAACCAUCAGGGCAAAGCAAUGUGGUGCUGCAGUGAGGAUGAUGGUGAAGGGCUUUGGUUCAGCAAGGAGUACUCUGAAGAGGACUGGCUUCGCUCCCUCCGCUCAUUGGCCAGGCAGUAUCGUGCCGAACCCUAUGUCGUUGGCUAUGACCUCCGCAAUGAACCCCGUGGCAUCCCUGCUGACACAGCUCGAAGUCUUCAACUGCAGCCGCAAGGGCGCUACCUUUGGCCUUCCUGGUCUAAAAUCACCGAGCCCGGCCACGCCAACUGGGCCGUGGGCGCUCUCCAUGGAGGUUUGGCCGUUGCGGAGGAGGAUCCAGACGCCUUGAUUAUCGUCGAAGGCUUGGACUUCGCCACCGACCUCCGUGGAGUGGCGCUCGAGCCGCUGCACCGCCAGAGUCACCUACAGGGUCGAGUGGUGUACGAAGUGCAUGACUAUUGCUGGUACCAUCCCAGUUUUUUCCGCUCCUGGCAACUGUAUUGGCUUUCACUUGGCUGGCUCCUUUGUGCAAUCUUUGAGAUGAGAAAGAUGAAGUUCAAAGUGGGCGUGAUCGAUGAACACCGAGAUGAUGCAGGACACACAUGGCCAUUGCCCUCUCCGAUCGUGAAAAAACUGCUCUUCCUCUGUGCGGCCUCAGCUAUGAUCAGCAGCUGGAUGGUAUCUUAUUCAUCCUUCAAGGCAAAGUUGGACGACCGAUGGGGUUACAUCUUGGAGGCCAAUGAAGCUCCGAUCUGGCUUGGCGAAUUUGGAACAAAUGGCUACUGGACGACAGCUGUGUGGUGGAUGGAAGUUGGAGAGGUGCUUUGGCUACAGCAUUUGCUGCGAUACGUGAGAGAGCAUGAACUGGGCUAUGCCUACUGGGCAUUGAAUGGUGACAAGCAAGGCGAAGUUGAGACCUUCGGCCUCUUCAAAGAGGAGCAGAACGAUUGGGAGGGGAUGUCGAUGCGGGUGACAGCAGUCGGUCCCUCCCACCGCCAUGCCGUGCCGGUCGGCAGCGCAGGGCUCCGUGUGGGCUCGUCAGCUGAUCUCAGGGCCUCCAAAGCUUGCAGAGCAACUGCGCCCCAACGUCCAGUCAUGAGGACUUAUGAGGACUUAGUAGAGCAUCUUAGCAAUUGA